AUGGGAAUACAGGGGGUUACAAUGGGUUACAGGCGGUUAAAAGGGGUUACAAGGAGUUACAAAAAGUUACAAGGGGUGACAGGGAGUGACAACGGGUUGCAGGGGGUUACAAAGGAUUAUAGAAACCUUUUUUCUAACUAGAACGUUCCCAGAUACUUUUUCUUGGUCUAUUUUGCAUAAAAAUCAAAGUUGAAGAAAUCUCUACUUUUUGAUCAAGACGAUGGACUAACCCUUUUGGAAAAAUUCUAAUUUUGCGUUUUUCGUAAACAGUUGUUUUUAUAGUCUUUAAAGGCUUCUUUUUUAUCUAGAACGUCAGCAAACACUUUUUGUCGAUCUAUUUUUGAUAAAUACAAAAGAUGAAAAAACUUCAACUUUUUGACCAAAAUCAUGGACUAUCCCCUUUGAAAAAAUGUCAAUUUUGCCUUUUUUUUAAAUCCAUGUUUAUAUUGUCUAGAAAGGCUUGUUUUCUAACGAGAACGUCACCAAAUACUUUUUCUGGGUGUAUUUUGCAUAAAACGAAACGUUCACAAAAUUUCAAAUUUUUGACCAAAACCAUGGACUAACCCCUUUGCAAAAAUGCCAAUUUUGUGGGUUUUUGAAACCGAUGUUUUUUUUUGUUCAGAAAGGCUUGUUUGCUAUAUAAAACGUCGAAAAUCGUUUUUUCACGAUCUAUUUUCACGAUCUAUGACAUGGGAAUACAGGGGGUUACAAGGGGUUACAGGGGGUUACAAGGGGUUACAAGGGGUUACAAGGGGUUAAAGGGGGUUACAAGGGGAUUCAAGGGGUGACAGGGGGUGACAAGGGGUUACAGGGGGUUACAAGGGGUUACAAGGGGUUACAGGGAGUUACAAGGGGUUACAAGGGGUGACAGGGGGUGACAAGGGGUUACAGGGGGUUGCAAAGGAUUAUAGACACCUUUAUUUUAACUAGAAGGUUCCCAGAUACUUUUUCUUGGUCUAUUUUGCAUAAAAAUCAAAGUUGAAGAAAUCUCUAAUUUUUGAUCAAAACGAUGGACUAACCCCUUUGGAAAAAUUCUAAUUUUCGGUUUUUCGUAAACAGUUGUUUUUAUAGUCUUUAAAGGCUUCUUUUUUUAUCUAGAACGUCAGCAAACACUUUUUCUCGAUCUAUUUUUGAUAAAUACAAAAGAUGAAAAAACUUCAACUUUUUGACCAAAAUCAUGGACUAUCCCCUUUGCAAAAAUGCCAAUUUUGCCUUCUUUUUAAAUCCAUGUUUAUAUUGUCUAGAAAGGCUUGUUUUCUAACGAGAACGUCACCAAAUACUUUUUGUGGGUUUAUUUUGCAUAAAACGAAACGUUCACAAAAUUUCAAAUUUUUGACCAAAACCAUGGACUAACCCCUUUGCAAAAAUACCAAUUUUGUGGGUUUUUGAAACCGAUGUUUUUUUUGUUCAGAAAGGCUUGUUUGCUAUAUAAAACGUCCAAAAUCGUUUUUUCACGAUGUAUUUUCACGAUCUAUGACAUGGGAAUACAGGGGGUUACAAGGGGUUACAAGGGGUUACAGGGGGUUACAAGGGGUUACAAGGGGUGACAGGGGGUGACAAGGGGUUACAGGGGGUUGCAAAGGAUUAUAGAAACCUUUAUUUUAACUAGAAGGUUCCCAGAUACUUUUUCUUGGUCUAUCUCGCAUAAAAAUCAAAGUUGAAGAAAUCUCUAAUUUUUGAUCAAAACGAUGGACUAACCCCUUUGGAAAAAUUCUAAUUUUCGGUUUUUCGUAAACAGUUGUUUUUAUAGUCUUUAAAGGCUUCUUUUUUUAUCUAGAACGUCAGCAAACACUUUUUCUCGAUCUAUUUUUGAUAAAUACAAAAGAUGAAAAAACUUCAACUUUUUGACCAAAAUCAUGGACUAUCCCCUUUGCAAAAAUGCCAAUUUUGCCUUCUUUUUAAAUCCAUGUUUAUAUUGUCUAGAAAGGCUUGUUUUCUAACGAGAACGUCACCAAAUACUUUUUCUGGGUUUAUUUUGCAUAAAACGAAACGUUCACAAAAUUUCAAAUUUUUGACCAAAACCAUGGACUAACCCCUUUGCAAAAAUGCCAAUUUUGUGGGUUUUUGAAACCGAUGUUUUUUUGUUCAGAAAGGCUUGUUUGCUAUAUAAAACGUCGAAAAUCGUUUUUUCACGAUCUAUUUUCACGAUCUAUGACAUGGGAAUACACGGGGUUACAAGGGGUUACCGGGGGUUACAAGGGGUUACAAGGGGUUACAGGGGGUUACAAGGGGUUACAAGGGGUGACAGGGGGUGACAAGGGGUUACAGGGGGUUGCAAAGGAUUAUAGAAACCUUUAUUUUAACUAGAAGGUUCCCAGAUACUUUUUCUUGGUCUAUCUCGCAUAAAAAUCAAAGUUGAAGAAAUCUCUAAUUUUUGAUCAAAACGAUGGACUAACCCCUUUGGAAAAAUUCUAAUUUUCGGUUUUUCGUAAACAGUUGUUUUUAUAGUCUUUAAAGGCUUCUUUUUUUAUCUAGAACGUCAGCAAACACUUUUUCUCGAUCUAUUUUUGAUAAAUACAAAAGAUGAAAAAACUUCAACUUUUUGACCAAAAUCAUGGACUAUCCCCUUUGCAAAAAUGCCAAUUUUGCCUUCUUUUUAAAUCCAUGUUUAUAUUGUCUAGAAAGGCUUGUUUUCUAACGAGAACGUCACCAAAUACUUUUUGUGGGUGUAUUUUGCAUAAAACGAAACGUUCACAAAAUUUCAAAUUUUUGACCAAAACCAUGGACUAACCCCUUUGCAAAAAUGCCAAUUUUGUGGGUUUUUGAAACCGAUGUUUUUUUUGUUCAGAAAGGCUUGUUUGCUAUAUAAAACGUCGAAAAUCGUUUUUUCACGAUCUAUUUUCACGAUCUAUGACAUGGGAAUACAGGGGGUUACAAGGGGUUACAGGGGGUUACAAGGGGUUACAAGGGGUUACAGGGGGUUACAAGGGGUUACAAGGGGUGACAGGGGGUGACAAGGGGUUACAGGGGGUUGCAAAGGAUUAUAGAAACCUUUAUUUUAACUAGAAGGUUCCCAGAUACUUUUUCUUGGUCUAUUUCGCAUAAAAAUCAAAGUUGAAGAAAUCUCUAAUUUUUGAUCAAAACGAUGGACUAACCCCUUUGGAAAAAUUCUAAUUUUCGGUUUUUCGUAAACAGUUGUUUUUGUUUUUUUUAUCUAGAACGUCAGCAAACACUUUUUCUCGAUCUAUUUUUGAUAAAUACAAAAGAUGAAAAAACUUCAACUUUUUGACCAAAAUCAUGGACUAUCCCCUUUGCAAAAAUGCCAAUUUUGCCUUCUUUUUAAAUCCAUGUUUAUAUUGUCUAGAAAGGCUUGUUUUCUAACGAGAACGUCACCAAAUACUUUUUCUGGGUGUAUUUUGCAUAAAACGAAACGUUCACAAAAUUUCAAAUUUUUGACCAAAACCAUGGACUAACCCCUUUGCAAAAAUGCCAAUUUUGUGGGUUUUUGAAACCGAUGUUUUUUUUGUUCAGAAAGGCUUGUUUGCUAUAUAAAACGUCAAAAAUCGUUUUGUCACGAUCUAUUUUCACGAUCUAUGACAUGGGAAUACAGGGGGUUACAAGGGGUUACAGGGGUUACAAGGGGUUACAAGGGGUUACAGGGGUUACAAGGGGUUACAAGGGGUGACAAAGGGGUUACAGGGGUUGCAAAGGAUUAUAGAAACCUUUAUUUUAACUAGAAGGUUCCCAGAUACUUUUUCUUGGUCUAUUUCGCAUAAAAAUCAAAGUUGAAGAAAUCUCUAAUUUUUGAUCAAAACGAUGGACUAACCCCUUUGGAAAAAUUCUAAUUUUCGGUUUUUCGUAAACAGUUGUUUUUAUAGUCUUUAAAGGCUUCUUUUUUUAUCUAGAACGUCAGCAAACACUUUUUCUCGAUCUAUUUUUGAUAAAUACAAAAGAUGAAAAAAAAACUUCAACUUUUGACCAAAAUCAUGGACUAUCCCCUUUGCAAAAAAUGCCAAUUUUGCCUUCUUUUUAAAUCCCUGUUUAUAUUGUCUAGAAAGGCUUGUUUUCUAACCAGAACGUCACCAAAUACUUUUUCUGGGUGUAUUUUGCAUAAAACGAAACGUUCACAAAAUUUCAAAUUUUUGACCAAAACCAUGGACUAACCCCUUUGCAAAAAUGCCAAUUUUGUGCGUUUUUGAAACCGAUGUUUUUUUUUUCAGAAAGGCUUGUUUGCUAUAUAAAACGUCGAAAAUCGUUUUGUCACGAUCUAUUUUCAUGGGAAUACAGGGGAAUACAGGGGUUACAAGGGGUUACAGGGGUUACAAGGGGUUACAAGGGGUUACAGGGGUUACAAGGGGUUACAAGGGGUGACAGGGGUGACAAGGGGUUACAGGGGUUGCAAAGGAUUAUAGAAACCUUUAUUUUAACUAGAAGGUUCCCAGAUACUUUUUCUUGGUCUAUCUCGCAUAAAAAUCAAAGUUGAAGAAAUCUCUAAUUUUUGAUCAAAACGAUGGACUAACCCCUUUGGAAAAAUUCUAAUUUUCGGUUUUUCGUAAACAGUUGUUUUUAUAGUCUUUAAAGGCUUCUUUUUUUUUUUUUUAUCUAGAACGUCAGCAAACACUUUUUCUCGAUCUAUUUUUGAUAAAUACAAAAGAUGAAAAAAAACUUCAACUUUUUGACCAAAAUCAUGGACUAUCCCUUUGCAAAAAUGCCAAUUUUGCCUUCUUUUUAAAUCCAUGUUUAUAUUGUCUAGAAAGGCUUGUUUUCUAACCAGAACGUCACCAAAUACUUUUUCUGGGUGUAUUUUGCAUAAAACGAAACCUUCACAAAAUUUCAAAUUUUUGACCAAAACAAUGGACUAACCCCUUUGCAAAAAUGCCAAUUUUGUGCGUUUUUGAAACCCAUGUUUUUUUUUGUUCAGAAAGGCUUGUUUGCUAUAUAAAACGUCAAAAUCGUUUUGUCACGAUCUAUUUUCACGAUCUAUGACAUGGGAAUACAGGGGGUUACAAGGGGUUACAGGGGUUACAAGGGGUUACAAGGGGUUACAGGGGGUACAAGGGGUUACAAGGGGUGACAGGGGGUGACAAGGGGUUACAGGGGUUGCAAAGGAUUAUAGAAACCUUUAUUUUAACUAGAAGGUUCCCAGAUACUUUUUCUUGGUCUAUCUCGCAUAAAAAUCAAAGUUGAAGAAAUCUCUAAUUUUUGAUCAAAACGAUGGACUAACCCCUUUGGAAAAAUUCUAAUUUUCGGUUUUUCGUAAACAGUUGUUUUUAUAGUCUUUAAAGGCUUCUUUUUUUAUCUAGAACGUCAGCAAACACUUUUUCUCGAUCUAUUUUUGAUAAAUACAAAAGAUGAAAAAACUUCAACUUUUUGACCAAAAUCAUGGACUAUCCCCUUUGCAAAAAUGCCAAUUUUGCCUUCUUUUUAAAUCCAUGUUUAUAUUGUCUAGAAAGGCUUGUUUUCUAACGAGAACGUCACCAAAUACUUUUUCUGGGUGUAUUUUGCAUAAAACGAAACGUUCACAAAAUUUCAAAUUUUUGACCAAAACCAUGGACUAACCCCUUUGCAAAAAUGCCAAUUUUGUGGGUUUUUGAAACCGAUGUUUUUUUUGUUCAGAAAGGCUUGUUUGCUAUAUAAAACGUCAAAAAUCGUUUUGUCACGAUCUAUUUUCACGAUCUAUGACAUGGGAAUACAGGGGGUUACAAGGGGUUACAGGGGGUUACAAGGGGUUACAAGGGGUUACAGGGGGUUACAAGGGGUUACAAGGGGUGACAGGGGGUGACAAGGGGUUACAGGGGGUUGCAAAGGAUUAUAGAAACCUUUAUUUUAACUAGAAGGUUCCCAGAUACUUUUUCUUGGUCUAUUUCGCAUAAAAAUCAAAGUUGAAGAAAUCUCUAAUUUUUGAUCAAAACGAUGGACUAACCCCUUUGGAAAAAUUCUAAUUUUCGGUUUUUCGUAAACAGUUGUUUUUAUAGUCUUUAAAGGCUUCUUUUUUUAUCUAGAACGUCAGCAAACACUUUUUCUCGAUCUAUUUUUGAUAAAUACAAAAGAUGAAAAAACUUCAACUUUUUGACCAAAAUCAUGGACUAUCCCUUUGCAAAAAUGCCAAUUUUGCCUUCUUUUUAAAUCCAUGUUUAUAUUGUCUAGAAAGGCUUGUUUUCUAACGAGAACGUCACCAAAUACUUUUUGUGGGUUUAUUUUGCAUAAAACGAAACGUUCACAAAAUUUCAAAUUUUUGACCAAAACCAUGGACUAACCCCUUUGCAAAAAUGCCAAUUUUGUGGGUUUUUUUGAAACCGAUGUUUUUUUUUCACAAAGGCUUGUUUGCUAUAUAAAACGUCGAAAAUCGUUUUGUCACGAUCUAUUUUCACGAUCUAUGACAUGGGAAUACAGGGGUUACAAAAGGGUUACAGGGGGUUACAAGGGGUUACAAGGGGUUACAGGGGGUUACAAGGGGUUACAAGGGGUGACAGGGGGUGACAAGGGGUUACAGGGGGUUGCAAAGGAUUAUAGAAACCUUUAUUUUAACUAGAAGGUUCCCAGAUACUUUUUCUUGGUCUAUUUCGCAUAAAAAUCAAAGUUGAAGAAAUCUCUAAUUUUUGAUCAAAACGAUGGACUAACCCCUUUGGAAAAAUUCUAAUUUUCGGUUUUUCGUAAACAGUUGUUUUUAUAGUCUUUAAAGGCUUCUUUUUUUAUCUAGAACGUCAGCAAACACUUUUUCUCGAUCUAUUUUUGAUAAAUACAAAAGAUGAAAAAACUUCAACUUUUUGACCAAAAUCAUGGACUAUCCCCUUUGCAAAAAUGCCAAUUUUGCCUUCUUUUUAAAUCCAUGUUUAUAUUGUCUAGAAAGGCUUGUUUUCUAACGAGAACGUCACCAAAUACUUUUUGUGGGUUUAUUUUGCAUAAAACGAAACGUUCACAAAAUUUCAAAUUUUUGACCAAAACCAUGGACUAACCCCUUUGCAAAAAUGCCAAUUUUGUGGGUUUUUGAAUCCGAUGUUUUUUUUGUUCAGAAAGGCUUGUUUGCUAUAUAAAACGUCGAAAAUCGUUUUUUCACGAUCUAUUUUCACGAUCUAUGACAUGGGAAUACAGGGGGUUACAAGGGGUUACAGGGGGUUACAAGGGGUUACAAGGGGUUACAGGGGGUUACAAGGGGUGACAGGGGGUGACAAGGGGUUACAGGGGGUUGCAAAGGAUUAUAGACACCUUUAUUUUAACUAG